UAGUUGUAAGAACUAGAUGAGGAGAAUCUGAACCAAACAAGCACUUUUGAACCAUAAAAUUUGUUCUUUGUUUCUCUUUCGUUCGAGUGUAAUUUUCCAAGAGAAAUGAUGGCAAGAUGUUCACUUUCCUCCUCCAAUGGCACCGAUUUCUUCCAAACCUUGAAUGGCAUUCGUCAACUAACACAAACUCGCCCUUUCAAGGCAUGGUUCCUAGACCAAUUUGGAGUUCUUCACGAUGGGAAACAACCCUACCCUGAUGCAAUCUCAACAUUGGAAAGACUUGCUACUACUGGUGCCAAGAUGAUAAUCAUUAGUAAUUCUUCUAGGCGUGCAUCAGUAACAAUGGAGAAGAUGAAGAGUCUUGGUUUCGAUACUUCUCUCUUUGUUGGAGCUAUUACAAGUGGAGAAUUGACUCAUCAAUAUCUUCAAAGGAGAAAUGAUUCAUGGUUUGCUUCCCUCGGAAGAUCAUGCAUUCACAUGACGUGGAGUGACCGGGGUGCUAUAUCCCUCGAGGGUCUUGGUUUGGAUGUAGUGGAGAAUGUGGAAGAUGCUGAAUUUAUUUUGGCACAUGGAACUGAAGCUUUAGGGUUAUCUUCUGGUGGUUCACUUCCAUUGAAACUAGAGGAGCUCGAGAAAAUCUUGGAAAAAUGCGCAGCUAAAGGUGGUAUCCCUAUGGUAGUCGCAAAUCCAGAUUUCGUGACAGUCGAGGCCAGGGCUCUUCGAGUCAUGCCCGGUACAUUGGCUGCCAAAUAUGAGAGUCUAGGAGGCGAAGUAAAAUGGAUGGGGAAGCCAGACAAGAGGAUCUAUGAUUCGGCAAUGGAAAUGGCUGGGAUCGAUAAUGCUUCUGAUUGUAUAGCGGUUGGAGAUUCUCUCCAUCACGAUAUAAAGGGAGCUAUGGCAUCAGGAAUAGAAUCCGUGUUCAUAAGUGGUGGAAUCCAUGCAGAUGAACUCGGACUGACAUCAUAUAAUCAAGAGGUGUCAGAUCCAUCUUCUUUGAAGGCUCUUGCUGAGAAAUACGAUGCUUCACCAUCUUACGUCUUGCCUGCGUUUAUCUGGUAGAGACAUACAAAUCUCAUUAACUUUUUAAUGAUUUUUUUACAUCUCUUUACUUGAACAAAUUUGAACAAAUGCUUCUUAUUACAACAAAUUCUCUAAUUUUAUAUUAUUGUCACAAGUUGUAUUCUAUACACUUAAAUGAAUUGCUAAUUCAAUAGCAAAGUUUUUAUCUUUUUGUGAA